AUGGGAGCUUCUGAUUCUCAGCCUGAGAAAAAGAUUGUACUUCUUGGGAAAACCGGAGACGGUAAGAGCAGCGUCGGGAAUACGAUUCUCAAACAACAAGUCUUCAAGAGCAAAGCUUCGCCUGAAUCAGUCACGGCUGAAUGUGUCAGCGGAGACCGGAAGGUCCACGGCAAAAAGAUCAGCGUUAUUGACACGCCUGGACUCUUCGACACUGGUCUGGAUGAGGAGAGCAUCAAAUCUGAGAUCAUUAGGUCUGUGAUCGAAAGCUCUCCGGGUCCAGACAUGUUCACCAUCGUCCUGAAGGUCGGGAGAUACACGGGACAAGAAAUUGAUGUCACCAGAAGAGAAACGAGAAGAAUCGAAAAAGAUUGUGCACAAAAAACAUCUGGUUAA